AUGCACUGUAUUAAAUCAUGUGCUAGAGUGAGACCGUUUUCCCGUUCUUUCCACACUGGCUUUGUGGGCUUAGGCUCUCAACUCAAGCUCAAGCUCAAUAUUCUUCAACAGAAGGAGAAGCUGGUUAAACAAACGGAGAAGGAGCUCAAGAAGCGCGUAGAAGAGAAACGUUUGAAGGGACUUUCGGCAGGAAAGUAUGGUUACUCAAAGCAGAAAGCUAAUGAUAUACUUAAGAAAAAAUAUCACAUUCAAGAUGCAGAGAAAUUCGCCAAAAUAGGUCCACUUUCAGAUGCUGACACAAGCCUACUAGCUAUUACAAAGGAUAAGAGAUUAAUGUAUACUAUGUUGGGUAUUACAAGACCACAGUUGAAAGAUUCUGUGUUGGUUCAAAAGGAUGUGCAAAAGUUUUGUAAGAGAGACCAGCUGCAAAAAGCUUUAUUUUUAAUAAAGUUAGCUGGACCGAAUGGUGCAGCGGGAAUGAAUGCGUUGAUGGAACAUUAUCUUACUGUUGAAAAGGAUGGAAAAUCUGCCGUUGAUUUAUAUACAUGGCGUAAGAAGUGGCAAAUUCCACCCAACGAAUAUACCGAGAGUAUUUUAUUUCAAGGAUUAGCGAAAUUACCAGAACCAAUAUCAGUAAAACUCGCAGAGCGGGUUGUGAAAAUCGUGGUAAAGAUGAUUGAAGAUGAGAGGUUAAAUAAUAUUAACUUCAACGCCGCCCUAAGUGCAUUAUCAAACUGUAACGAUACAAGCUAUCUCUUCACAUGCUUUGAUCUAAGACCAAAGGGUAUCAAAAAAGAUGCCAUUACCUAUACCCAACUUUUAAUUGGAUGUUCUAAAAUUGAAGAUCCAGUUGAAGCUAUCCAAAGAGCUGAUGCCGUAAUGAACAUGGCAGACCCAAGAUUAAUUGACUCUCAAAUGUUUUUCCACUAUGCCAAUGUAUGGCACUCAAGAAAAGAUAUUAGAUUUGCAAGAUGUGUGUUACCAUUGAUUGAGACUUUCUAUUCAUACAAUGUAAAAGAUACUACUUAUAAAUACACGGUCCCUGAAUUCGUAACAUUACCCACCAUGGAAAAUUGGAGGCUCCAGAGGAAAUUGAAGAUGUCACCAUACACUGCGCAUUUGAUUUUAGAAAACUGUCUGAAGACUGGCGAAUACGAAUACGGUAUAGCGUUUUUUGAACAAUAUUGCAAAGAUCAUUCAGAAUCAUUAACCAGCAAGAAUAUUCUUGCCUAUAUGGAACUAAUCAUCAAAGCAUACCCUUUGGAAUGUGGAUACAAAUGCCGUGAGAUGUAUCGGAGGUUAGAAGAAAACGGUAGUAUGAGAGAACCUCUACACGCCCUACUCAAGACUUACAAAGCAUUUGAGAGGCAAGCUUCUAAAAAGAUUAACAACUCAGAUCCUGAAAAGGCCUCCAAUCUAGUUCAAUCAUGUGUCAGUUUUAUCAAAGAAAAUGAGAGUUCUGUUUUACGUUCGGAAAAAGGGCAAAAUGAAAGCUAUAUCAAGUGGAAAGCAUGGAUGUUCUUGUGGAAUGUUGUGUCACCUUGCAAGGAAACUCUGCCCUUAGUACAGAAGAAGGCCAUAAUGGAUGAGUUCAUUCGAACAAUGCUGUAUGAUAAUGCUAUGCUUAUUAGACAUAAAGGCAUAACACUAAGCAACAUGCGAUUUAUAUACUUAGAAGCGGUACGGUUUGUCAAGAUUAUUGAAACAUCGUUAACUUUGUCGGAUGAGCAGCUAAAAAAAGUACAACUAGAACCUGAAGAACAAUCAGCUAGUAUCGAGAAAAAGAAGUUUUUGUUCAAGAGACAUGUUAUGCGUUUAAGAAAGAGACUGUUGGAGAUUGUUGAGAAUUUAGAGAAUGGUAAGGAUUCUACAGGCAAUGAAAUCGAAAAGGCAUUCAAACAGUACUGUUCAUUAAUUUUGAGCACGUCGGUAAAUGGAUUUUGA